AUGAUGAAGCUUCCUCCUAGUUAUAGGGAUCCGAAGAUUUUCAACAACAAAUAUAUUAUCAAAUAAUAGAUCUCAUCAGGUUCAUUCGGUAUAGUGUAUUUGGCAUUUGACAAGCACACAAGAGAGGAAGUGGCUGUAAAAAUAGAAAAAGAAGAAAAUGAAGAUGUUAGUUCACUAGAUAGAGAAAUAUCUAUUCUUAAUCGUUUGAAUGGAGUACCUGGAACACCUAAACUUUAUUGGAGUGGAUUUGAGUAAGACUAUAAUGUGAUUGUAAUACAAAUUUUGGGCAAGGAUUUAAGUCAAUAUAUAAAGCCAUAUAAGAAGUUUAGUUUGAAGAGUGUAUUACAAAUUUCAUAUUAAUUGUUAACUACAUUGCAGUAAGUACAUGAAAGGGGUGUAAUCCAUAGAGAUUUUAAACCAGAAAACAUUUUGACAGGAUAUUAACAAGAGAAUGGCACUAUUUAUUUGGUGGAUUAUGGGGUGUCAAAAGUCUAUUUAGAUAAUCAUGGCAAGCACAUGUACUGAAUUUACCUAAGGCAAAGCCCACUUAAAGACAAGAAAUCCUUUAUAGGGACAACAAGAUAUGCAUCGAUAGCAGCACAUAGAGGUUACGAAUUAGGAAGAAAAGAUGAUGUAGAAUCAAUGUUUUAUGUUAUGAUAUAUCUCUUAAAAGGGUAGAGAGAACUUUCUUUAUAUUAGUAAAUUGCCAUGGUAAAAUUUACAAAAUAUUGGAGAUAGAGAUCGAACCGAUGUAGUAGGUGAAGUCAAGUAGAAGACAGAAAUAUCAGAAUUAUGUAAAGAUGUUCCAUCUGAAUUUGCUGAAAUUUUUAAGUAUUCUUAUACAUAUCAACUAGUUAUUUAAAAAAAUUAGAAUUCAAAUCUGAACCAGAUUAUAAAUACAUGUUAUCUCUUUUAUUAAAGGCAGCUUCUAAUAAUCAUAUAGUUUUAGAUAAGUUAUUUGAAUGGACAGAUCGUCAAACAAAAAUAAAAGAUCAAAUGAUUUGGGCUUUAUCGGAAGACAAAUAAAAAUUACCACAAAUGAAUAGUUCGUAAUAAAUUAUGGGUUCCAAUAAUCUUCUAAAACCUCCUGAAGCUAUGAGAGCUACAGGAGGUACUCCUAUAAGAAUGGAAUCUAAACAUCUUACAAGUACAUCAAUUUAAGGUUCUCUAUCUUCUAUGAUGAUUAAAUAUAUUCCAUCUUAAGUAGAAAACACUAGUUUAUGUAAUCAAGAUGAUAAACGUUCUAAAAGUAAGAAAAGUAAACGUAGUAGAAAGAGUGCUAAAUCAUCUAAACGUUAAUCAGUCAUAUUUCAUAGUGGAGUAUAAAUUAUUGAACCUAAAGAUUAACUUAGAGUAAUUAAAUAUUUAUAUUUAUAGAGACAUAAAACAAUUGAUUCAACUUGGGGAUUUUAAUAAUGCAUGAAUGAAUUUAGUGGAGAUGAAGAUUCAUAAAAGUUAUCCAAAAAGUAUAAUCAAUUAUAGGCUUACAGUAUUCAUCCCAAGAAAUUACCCAAAUAUACUUCUAAAUUAUGA